CGACUCCUCCGGACCGACAGGGGGCAGUGGCCGGGCGGUGAGUAAUCCCGCUGCCAUGGGAGAACCGCGACUCCUCCCGGCCGCUAGGAACCACUCGCCGGACGGACUUUCAUCUGAGGUGUAAGAAAUUGGGACAGUAUUUUUUUUGAGCAAACACGAGGGAAUCUGCAGAUGCUGGAAAUUCAAACAACACACACAAAAUGCUGGUGGAACACAGCGGGCCGGGCAGCAUCUGCAGGGAGAAGCACUGUCAAUGAACAACAACACACACAAAAUGCUGGUGGAACACAGCGGGCCGGGCAGCAUCUGCAGGGAGAAGCACUGUCAAUGAACAACAACACACACAAAAUGCUGGUGGAACACAGCGGGCCGGGCAGCAUCUGCAGGGAGAAGCACUGUCGAUGAACAACAACACACACAAAAUGCUGGUGGAACACAGCGGGCCGGGCAGCAUCUGCAGGGAGAAGCACUGUCAAUGAACAACAACACACACAAAAUGCUGGUGGAACACAGCGGGCCGGGCAGCAUCUGCAGGGAGAAGCACUGUCAAUGAACAACAACACACACAAAAUGCUGGUGGAACACAGCGGGCCAGGCAGCAUCUAUGGGGAGAAGCACUGUCGACGAACAACAACACACACAAAAUGCUGGUGGAACACAGCAGGCCAGGCAGCAUCUAUGGGGAGAAGCACUGUCGACGAACAACAACACACACAAAAUGCUGGUGGAACACAGCGGGCCAGGCAGCAUCUACAGGGAGAAGCGCUGUCGAUGUUUCGGGCCGAGACUCUUCGUCAGGACUAACCGAAAGGAGAGAUAAGAGGGGACUUCAAAUCCAAUAACCAUGUAUUGCCACUUGCAAUACGAUAUGUGAGCCAGGGAAGGGUAUUAUUGCACUGAUGGCUGUCAUAUGGCCGGAAAGCACACCGCAUGCCCGCCUGGUGAAGGAGUUAAAGAGAAAGGAACACCUUUCAAAGAUACUGUGUGUGAGAAAUGUCCUGACGGAACAUUUUCAAGUGAAGCUUCAACAACUGAAGAGUGUAAGAGCUGGACAGUAUAUGAAACGCUCAAACUUAAACAGGUCGAACCAGGGAGCGCUGAAGCUGACGUGAAGUGUAAAGCAGAGCACAACGGGAUAGGUACCAUUCAUGUUGUUGUGACUGUUGCUUUCAUCGGAAUUUUUCUUGGUAUCGUGGCAUAUGUUUUGUGGAGGAAACACAAAUGUAAACAAGGUAACCGGAACAUUCUAGGCACCAGUAAUCACAAUGGAGAUGUGAAGGUGAUGCAGCCUCUCACAGGUGAGGAAAAGACUCUCAGAGACGAGGAAAGGGCAGAGUAAAGUGGGGGAAAUUACCAGAAAUAACCUGAAAUGGACUAUAAUUCCGAUCGAACCUCCAAGAGGGCUCAAAUCUUUCAUUCUCUGUGAAAAAUCCUGACUUCACAUAAUAGACACAAUCCAUUGUGCACCAAACUUGGAAUUGUAAAUAAUCAGCUUCACCAGUCACAAAUGUCUAAGCACUCACGUGAACCAAGAACAUUUAUUUUAAGUGAGUGUCGGGAAGAAUUUCGAAGGACAUGUAAAAAGGAAGGAGAUGCUUUUGAUGUUUCCUGGUACAUGUGACAACUAAAGCUAAUAACUGUCAGGGUCCUGAAGAAAUACCGGUUUAAUAUCACCCAAAGACCCCCAGGGAAGCUCAAAUCACAGUUUAUGCACAUCAAAGAUGAUCUGGGACUCAGGACAAUUGCCGUUUACAGGAUUCCUUGUGAAUGUGGAGCAAUGUAUAUUGGCCAGAUGGGACACAUGGUGGAAACCCACAUCAACGAGCAUAGAAGGUGUAUCCGUUUGGGUUAUCUGGAGAAAUUGGUGGUAGCAGAUCAUUAUAUUCACUAUAAGAUUGAGUCAGACACAAAACUACUAUGCCAUGCCAAUGGCUUUUGGGAUGAUUUGGUGAGAGAAGCCAUUGAGAUAAAGCUAGAGGAAAAGAAUUUCAGCAAAGGCAAAUGUCUCCCUCAAAAUAAGAACUGGAAUUUGAUUGUAAGCAGGGUGGGACAGCAGAAAACUGAUUGGUUAGGACUAACCAAUCAGGGAUGGAAUACAGUUUGUUACGAGCCUGCGGUCAUACUGUGAGUGUUACUUUAAGAGCAGCUGAGUGAGGUGGGACUAUGACGUCAGUCACAGGCUGCUGCGGAUGUGGAACCUGUGGAAUACUUCAUAUUUACCAUUUCUCUACAUUAGAGCGUGGAUUACAAAUACAGUCGACCUUCCUUAACCGUGGGGGAUUGGCUCCAGGAUCCCCUGCGGAUACCAAAAUUUGCAGAUGCUCAAGUCCCUCAUUUAACAUGUAUUAGUGCGGUGGUCUUUAGGACCCAGUGGAACCCCGGACUUUAUUUCACUUUUCUCCGUGCGGUGGACAUUAGGACCUGGAGGUGCAGCUCUGAAUCCGCAGUGUUUCUGUUCACGAAAAUAAUCAUUAUCACGAUUGAAAAUAAGAUGAAAGUAAUAAAGCGAUCGGAAAGAGGUGAUACGCCAUCAGUCAUUGGAAAAGCGUUGGGCUACAGUUGGUCAACAAUCGGAGCAAUUUUAAUGGAGCAUGUGAAAGGCCCUGCCCCGAUGAAAGCUACAAUUAUUAAUAAGCAACACAGUGGUUAAAUUAUUGAAAUACGUAUGUUUCUUAAGUGUUUUAUAUGCAUAGAAAGGUAAAAUUUGUACUAUAUACUAAGAAAAACGUUUGACUAACUGAUGCUAAAUAACACCAGAUGUACCUGUUCUGAUUUCAAAUCCGACUUAAAGACUGACUCAGCAAUGCAAAUCAUUCAUAGCCCAGGGACAGCCUGUACUUUUAAGUCAUUUCUAGAUUAUAAUACCUAAUACAAUGUAAAUACUAUGUAAAUAGUUGUUAUACUGUAUUUUUUUGGGAAUAAUGACAAGAAAAAAUAAUCUGUAUAUGCUCAAGCAAUGAGUGCUGGAGAGAGAAAUCGACUAUAUUUAUCAUUUCAAUUCAUAAUUCGUCAGAAUAACUGAUGCCAACAGUAAGGAAGGCAUCACCUAUUGGUCCACAAAUUAAACAGGUCACCAAUGACUGGCAAUUUGAAGAAUGUCUAGUGGGACCAGAGAAAAUCGCCUGCAAUGCUUUCAAGCAUGUUGAAAAUUUCCUUGGCCACUACCGAGCACCAGAUUGUGCAACUGGCUGACAACAUGCUUCAAGCACACAAAACCAUGAGUGUAACAUGUCACUCAAUUCGUUUUUGCAUUUGCAUUUAGACUUCUUCCUUGCAAAUCUUGUUCCGGUCAGUAAUGAGCAUGGGGAAGGGUUUCACUGGGACGUUGCAGUCAUGGGGGAUAAAGAGUAUCAGGGCAACUGGAAUCCAUCAAUGCUGGCUGAUUAUUGUUGGACACUUCAGCAAGAAACCUCAGACACUGAGUACCAAUGCAAAUAGUCAAUAAAAUGUUUUUAGCUGAAUGGAACUAUUGCAAAGUGAAACACCUCUCUGCAAUAAAACACAUUAUAUUCAAUAAAUGCUAGUUUCUUGUUCAGCCAAUUCCCACAUGAUACAAGUGAUCUGAAAUUGUUUUCAGCUUCAAGCAGUCAAUCAUAAACAAAAUUAAAAUAACAGUUCUGAAGAAGUAACACUUCCAAAGAAAUGUGUUGUCCAGCUGAAACUGAGAGGUCCUCCAAGAAAACAAUGUGCUCCGAGCAUACAAAGAGUGCUUGGGGUUACACGAAGCAAAUGCUUUGAUAGCAUCAGUUAACACUUCACGUCACAUUUCAUUUUCUGUUUUGAUGUCAAUUGCUCUGCAACUUUCUGCAGUUUUAUUGCAUUUAGAUAAUGCCCUUUUAUUUUGUUCCACCUUCCAAAAUGAACAAGGUCACUUUUCCUAAUUAUACUGCCUUUCACAAUUUAUCUAUAAACUCUUACUACCCUUAUUGCAUAUGAUUCCUUAAUUAAUCCAAUCUAAUGAAUAAAGUCUUUUGAAUAUCUCACAGA